GGGCGUGACGUACAUCCGGCGAGUAGCUGGCGGUCCCGGGUGUUGCUGGUUUGUGUUCUCUAAAGGAGGGUCCAAGCCGCCAGCCGCCGCCGGAGGAACCCCUCAGGCCGUGAUAAGCGUUAAUAAUGUCUUUCAUCUUUGAGUGGAUCUACAAUGGCUUCAGCAGUGUGCUCCAGUUCCUAGGACUGUACAAGAAAUCUGGAAAACUUGUAUUCUUGGGUUUGGAUAACGCAGGCAAAACCACUCUUCUUCACAUGCUCAAAGAUGACAGAUUGGGCCAGCAUGUUCCAACACUACAUCCGACAUCAGAAGAGCUGACAAUUGCUGGAAUGACUUUUACAACUUUCGAUCUUGGUGGGCACGAACAAGCACGUCGGGUUUGGAAAAAUUAUCUCCCAGCAAUUAAUGGGAUUGUCUUUCUGGUGGACUGUGCAGAUCAUUCUCGCCUCAUGGAAUCCAAAGUUGAGCUUAAUGCUUUAAUGACUGAUGAAACAAUAUCCAAUGUGCCAAUCCUUAUCUUGGGUAACAAAAUUGACAGGACAGAUGCAAUCAGUGAAGAAAAACUUCGUGAGAUAUUUGGGCUUUAUGGACAGACCACAGGAAAGGGGAAUGUGACCCUGAAGGAGCUGAAUGCCCGCCCCAUGGAAGUAUUCAUGUGCAGUGUGCUCAAGAGGCAAGGCUACGGCGAGGGUUUCCGCUGGCUCUCCCAGUAUAUUGACUGAUGUUUGGACAGUGAAAAUAAAAGAGUUUUACUUCUCUGGACUGAUCCUAUUCACAGCUUCCUCAUGAACUUUUCUGAUAGAACAAGGAAAGCUCUCCAGCCAUGUCUGGUGUUGAGAAGCCACGAGUCUCUGUCAACUCUCAUUGCCCAGUGGUGACAUGUGCUCUUCUGAAGCCACACUGUUGGGAGGUAAUGCUGCCCCAUGUGCUGGUGCAGGUCAGUAUCCCGGGACUUGGAAGCUGGCAGGAUUUGCCGGGUAAAGCUGUGUGCCAUCAUGGGGCACCUGAAAAGAAAAACACGUCUCACCACUGCGGUUGAUUUCAAAAGAAAGUGAUUCUAUUUUUUAAAGAAAGUGUUGUUAAUGUAAUUGGUAUCCCUCCUAACUUUUUGAGUUCACAAUUUACUUGGUCCAGAGUUUUCUAUUUUUUUUUUAACUAAUGAAUGACAUUUAGAUACUUGAUAAAAUUAUGAACAGUUAAACUUGGGAGGCCAGAGCACAGUUGGGUGAACUUACUCCUGCUGAGUAAGCAGGUUAGUAAGAGAUACUCCCCUGAGCUCACCUGCUUCUGUAACUGCCUUGAGUAGGUGGCAUCACCUUGUGCACAGACAACUAAAAAAGGGGCAGAGCCCUGGCCUUGCUGUUGUGGCAGGUUUCCACUGUGGUAAGCUAGGGUCACUCCUCAUCAUGGAAAUGUGUAGCAGAUUGCUUGCUGCGGAGAAGUCUCUCACAGAGUGGGUUACUGUUAUUUUUACUUAUAAAGUUAGAAAUUUCAGCCAGUUUUUGCUUUUCUACUAUUGUGAAAUUUCUUUCUGCAGUACCUUCCUUUUUCAUUUUCAGUUAUAAAAAGUGACUUUCACCCCAUAAAAGAGUUCAGAACAUCUCCCAUGUUGUCACAUACUGCCGGUGUGUCUCAUUUACUUUUGAACAGAUUCUAGGGGAAAUUUUUUCUGAUAGGGUACAGGACAGUUAACAGUUUAAGGGCUCCUAAUUCUAAGAACUGAAGACUUAAAAAUCUGGUAUUGCACCACUUGUUUUGGAUCUAGGAAAGAUGAGCCAGUGGGCUCUAAAAUUCCUAUUUGCAGAGUUUGCCCUCAUUGGGCUGUUCAUGAGUUCUGUUGUUUGCUUACAUCUUUUCUCCUUGUCAGUUAUCUAUUUCAGUGAUGUUUAAAGUAAAGAUUAACAUCUGUAGUUUUUUUAGCUUUUUUUGGUAUGAGUUAACCUUUUCCAGUCCAGAAAUAAGCUGGAGGAAAUGCUAGCCCAAAAACUUUUGAGUAGAGUUGUUCCUUUGGAGGUGGCUUCGACUUACUGUCAGUAAACAGUCAGUGUAAAAGCACCAGCACCCCCACUAGGGUGAUGAGGAUUAUUUAUAUAGCAUUCCAUUUUCCUAGUGCCAUGUGUGAAAUUGGAUUUCCAUGAUUUUAACCUGUUCUGUACCCAUCCUUGCAGUAAAAGAUUAAAGAUUAAAGGAUAGGAGAUGAGAACGUAUCAUUCUUCACUUGGGUUUCUCAUUCUUAGUCUUCAGUUUCACCUGUUGGGAAAGCAGACCUUUUCACUGCCAGGUAUUGAAUGCAGAGGCUUAAUGAAGUUUAUCUGGGAAGUGCAUGUGUUUCAUUUAUUAGCAAGCAUAGCUGGUUUGAGACACAAUUGUUGGUUUGGAAAGGGGUUAAAGCCUUAAGUGAACAAAUCUAGCUAACAGUGAAUGAACUAGGUAGUUAACUUUAGUGCUUUUUAUUUCCUUUGGUUAAAGGUUACCCAUACUUCUCUAUUCAGAGAUAUGAGAAGUAUGAUUGCUUCAGUGUUAGAUUUCUUUCUUAUUUUUGUUUUGUCCUAUUUGUCUGUAGUCACUUAGUUGCAAGCUAGAAAACUGUGGGUUCUAUAUAGGACUACUCUUUGUGAAAGUGGUUUAUUCCACUGGAGAAAGAGGGGAUUGAAAAGUCAAUUAGAACCAGUCUGUAUUUUGCCCCACAACACCAUUCCCAUAAUGAGAUUGCUGAACGAGGCUGCUGUGAGGAGUUCACCUCCAAGCACAGAGGAUCAGAGCCUUGUGCAGGAACUCCCAGAAAUUGAGACUUCUCAUUCUGGUUUAUCAGAGUGCAUAUAUGGCCUAUUUUAGGAAAAGUCAAACAUUCAUUUACAAAAGAAAGUCAAUCUGUAUCCUAAGCAUUUUAAUAAAAAGUUAAAACAAAA